AUGAAUCUUUGGAAAGGGUCUGACUUCAUUUACACGACCAAUGGCAACGUUGGCGAUAACACGUGGGUAAUGACUCUGGAUGGAAAGAAAAUCGGCUUUAACAUAGAGCCUAAUUGCGGGUACACUCUGAAUCUCGAGUGGCAGAAGAUGCCUCCUGGUUAUGAGAUCAAGGGAGGAUGGGAGUGGUUCGACUCUGACGACGAGGGUUCCGACUCCGAUGACGAGGGAGGUGGCGUUUACUGUUGGAGUGGACUUGGAAAUGCGGCUGCAGAGUAUGCAUUAACCAAGGUACGUAACUUGUACAUUGGUCAGGUGGAAUAUGAAAAGGGUCACUAUCCAUAA